AUCCUCUCAAAUCCUCAAACUCUGGUUUGCAGCCAUGGAUCACAAGCUGAUAUCCAGAAACUUCAAUGAAAUCCAAACUGAUUGCCAUUUGAAACUAAAAUCAUCAGCAAUGGCGUACACGGCCCUGCUAUCCAGGGCUUCCACUGCCUACUUCCCUCUUCACCGUUCCCAGCUUCACCCUCGCAUGCAGUCAUUAUCUCCUCCUGCACCACAAAACCCUCGCCUUAAUAGACUCUUCAUCCUGUUAGCUUCUCUCUUCACCAUCCCCUUCCUUUUUUAUCUCUUCACCACCGCUCGCAGGCUCCACCAUUCCUCCAAAUUCGCCGAUCCCGCUUCUCAAUUUUUCGGUGUCCACAUCCAUUCGAGCUCCGCUGGUUCUCGGGUCCGCGUCUUCGAGUUCCUAGGUGAAGGCAGCUUGCCUUUUGUGGAUUCCCUGAUGGUCCGCCCGGGGCUCGCGGAUGAGUCGGGGACCGCAGGUCGGUCGUUGGAUGAGCUGAUUAAGUUUGCUAAGAGCAGAGUUCCUAGGAGGGAGUGGUGGAAGACGAAGGUACAGUUGAUGGCUAGUGGCGAGGGGAUCACAGAACGCAUAUUUGAGAAUUACAGACGGGCUCUCAGGACGUCCGGCUUUGCAUUCAGAGACGAGUGGGUGCGGUUGGUUAAAGUUGAAGAAGAAAUUAUCUAUGGAUGGAUUGCUGUUAACUAUGCUUUUGGAACCUUGGGAAGACAACCUCAGGAAACCACUGGAGUAGUCAAACUUGGUGGGACUUCUUUGCAGGUUAUUUUUGCUCUUAGAACACCAUCAGAAGAGCAAUAUCUACGGAGUAUCAAAUUAGCCGGAGUUACUUACUAUCUUAACACUCGAAGUCUGAAGCAACUUGGUCAGAAUGCAGCUUGGAAAUCACUGCAUGAACCAUACAAUUCUAAAGACUUGACCACCGUUUUAAAAUCUGGGGGAGAAGAUUUCAACAAUCCUUGCCUUCCUAAUGGCUAUAAAUUGACAUCAAAUGUAACUGAUGUAAAACUUCCGACAUCCAAUUCAGCUGGAAACUUUUCUAUAUGCAGAUCCAAGGCUCUGGAUUUGUUUAAGAGAAAGCAAGGUAAUAAAUGCUUGCAUCCACCUUGUAAAAUUGAUUCAUCCUUCUUUCUGACGUCAAAUGACAUUCCGGUUCCACCAGAAAACUUCUUCUAUAUUUCCGAGUAUUUUGGGCUGGUUCCUAGUGCUUCGUUGUUUGAAUUGGUGGCAGCUGGGAAACAUUAUUGUGAAGAUAAUUGGGAUGACCUAAAAAAUCUGCACCGUGGUGUUGAUGAUCUGGAUCUGGUCAGAUAUUGUUUCUCCUCAGCAUAUAUGGUGGCACUACUGCAUGAUGGGCUUGGACUCCCCAUGCAUGAGAAAAGAAUUGGAUUUUCAAAUCACACUGGAGCUACUGCCCUUGAUUGGACUCUCGGAGCUUUCAUCUUCCAGUCAGUCUUGAAACCCCCAGAAAUUGAACCCGAAAACGAAGUCAAAAUUGUGGGAAGUGAUUCAGUCACUUACUUCUCUUUAUUUGCAAUUAUUUUAAUAGCUUUGCUUGCCAUGUUUUUUGUACUGCAACUACGAAAACCACAGCUAAAAAUCAUAUAUGACCUCGAGAAGGGGCACUAUACUCGGGUCCCUCGGUAAUUUUAUUCCCCUUUCACUUUUUUAACUUGAGAUAAUAUGGGUUUUGCAUUGUAUUUUCAUGAAAUUCACUAGCAUAGAAGAUGAAAGCUGUAGUUUAGAACCCUAAGGCACCAUCUCUAGCCAAUUGAGCUGGGGUUUGCUGCAUGGAUGCCAUACAUUUUAUUUCCAGCCUUGCAAUUAUUUAAUUGAUUACCAUUGACAUUUGACAUCUCUUGGAUUUUUAGUAGCCACCAGAUAAGUAUAAUACAAGU